GGCUCCUGAGUCCAGCUCCUGUCAUUGCUCAUCUUUUGCUAAAGCUGAAAACUCAAAGCAAAAGAAACCAUGAGGCUGUCCUUUCCUGUCCUGCUGGUCACUCUGGCCUUUUGCUGCUCUGAGGCCAAUGCAAAAGUCUGUCCAUCCCUUCUUAUGAAAUUGAGAAGCUUCAUAAUGGAUCCUACACCAAUUUUCAAGAUUGUUCUUCUGAAAUAUAAUGCACCUCCAGAAGCUUAUCAGGCAGAGUUGGAAGUGAAGAAAUGCAUAAAUCAGAUAUCCUUUUCGGAUAGACGCACAAUGAUAAACAUAAUGUUGAAAAUGGUGUCCACAUGUAACUCCUAGAUUGAAAAAAAUCUUAACACAAGGACCUCUGAUGUUCCAUGAUGACCUGAUUUUCCCCAGAAAAUGUAAAGGUUUCAACAUCUUGCUUCAAUAAAUCACUCGCCCUGC